UGGGGGCACGAUGGCCCAGGGCGGCUGGUGCGAGGCGAUACAGCUGCGAGAAGACAACGCCCGUUUCCUCCUUCUCGCCGUAGUCAUGGUCUUCUACAUGGUCGCCGGAGCGCUGCUGUUCCAGUAUUUGGAGCAGGAGAGCGAGCUGAGGGCCGUGGAAAGCUACAGGAACACGUACGCGCACUUCGUGGCGCUCUACCCGGACGUGAACGCUAGCGAGCUGUCGGUGUUGCUGCAAGCGCAUGGCAACGCUAGCACGAAGAACCUGCUCGACAAGAGACCGCGAUGGGAUUUCGGCGGCGCCUUCUAUUUCGUGGCCACCAUCGUCACGACCAUAGGUUUCGGCAUGACGACUCCGCAGACGAUCGCCGGCAAGGUGGCGAUGAUGUGCUACGGCCUGCUCGGCUGCGCCGGCGGCAUCCUCUUCUUCAACCUCUUCCUCGAGCGCAUCAUAAGCUUCCUCGCCUUCGUGCUGCGAGCCUACCACGAGGGACGCCUGCGCGCCAAGGGACUCCUCCAGGACCGCGGCGGGGGAGGCGGCGGUGCGGGGGAGAGGCGGGCCUCGGAGGGCUCCCGGGGGUCGGACGGCGGCGAGGUGGACAGCCUGGACAGCUGGAAGCCGUCCGUAUACUGGGUGAUGGUGUAUCUGUUCCUGGGCGCAACGUGCAUCGCAUGCGUGGCUUCAGCCGUGUACGCGCACGUCGAGGGCUGGAGCUACUUCGACUCGCUCUACUACUGCCUCGUCACCUACACGACUAUAGGGUUUGGUGACAUGGUGAGCGCGCAGCGGCCGAGCGCCGAGACGAACAUCCUCUACGGUGUCGCCAACUUUCUCUUCAUCGUCUUCGGCAGCUCGUGCGUCUACAGCCUCCUCAACGUGAUCUCCAUCGUCAUCAAGCAGUGCCUCAACUGGCUCAUCAUGAAGCUGAACUUCCGACUCGUCUGCUACUCCAAGCAGAAACCGCUGAUCAGCACGAAGCGUAACGCCGUCGCUCCGAUCGCGUCGACGUCGCGGCGGCUCGGCGACGGCGGCGUCGGCAUCAGCACGAUCGACGCCGAGUCGGUGACGAUAGACAGCGACAUGGAGAGGCUCGGCUCGGGAGAGAUGAUCUCGAUGCGGGACAUGCUGGCGACGAACAAGGUGUCGCUGGCCGUCAUGCAGAAGCAGCUGUACGAGACGGCUCAGCGCGCGCACCACCACCCCGAGCAUUACUCCAUCGUGUCGUCGUCUGGGCUGUCCGGCGUCAUCGGACCGCUGGCGAUUCUAAACGAAAAGCUCGGGGAGGACGCGUAGAUGGCGCUGCUUAGCGGACGUGUAGAGGGCGCUGCUUAGCGGACGCGUAGAGGGCGCUCCUUAGCGGACGCGUAGAGGGCGCUCCCUAGCGGACUCUGCCGCCAGCGAUGUGAACUUCGGGUGCACUCCCUCAAUGAGCGGAUGACAGUUCGAGUACCGCUGCUGACCUCUGACAUAUUGCGUAACUAACCCUUGCGAGUAUCGACGGUGGUGUAAGGCCGCACGCACAUCAAAGGAUUGUACCGACAGCCGUCAGGCUCUGGAUAAUUAACGUACAUUGGCACCGAGAGUGUCAACAAUACUGCUGAAGCCCGCAGAUGAAGAAGGAUGCUAAAUGCAGUCGAAAGUCUCACACACGGCAUAACAUUAGAGCCUCAUGUUUACAGACCGAUGCAUAAUAGUUUUUCUGUAUUUCUCAUUCGAUGAGCAACUAGAACUAUUCGUUCGAACAAUCACGUACGCGCUUUACUCUUCUUGCGUUGCACUGAUUAGCACAUAUCUUACGGGAUGAAAUCAGGUAAAGCGCAUUUGUAGUGGGAGAAAUUAUGGUUCGUGGCGUUAUUACCUGGUUAUUAUCACCAGGCGCAUCUUACGAUAAUAUACGGUAAUAUUUCGCCACCUAGAGAAUUGGUGGAGCAUUUUAUUGAUGCGUUGAGUGGUAUACUGCCACCUAUUAUAUAUUUACACACAGCAACACGGUUAUUUUUGCUUUCAUCGUUCGUUGAACGAUAUGAGGAAAUCAAUGCUGCAAUUCCUCAUCGAACAAAAACCCAUCUCUGUUAAAAGUUAAACGUUUUCGCGGCUAGGCUAUAAUUGUAAUAUAAAUUAUUUUUACGUGAUGCUAAAGCUUGUGUAAGCGGAAAGGUUAAACUGUAUAAUUAGUUUAUCAGACAAUGUGAUAAUAAGUAGGACGGAAAUUGCAUUUGCAUACAUAGUAUAAUAUGCUUUUAUGGUACCAUUGCAGGUUGUUGUACAUACAGAGAAAAUGCAGUUAAGCUGUGUGGAAAGAACGUUUGUAUUAUAUACGAGAUGGAAUACGCUGUUCCUGUUUAAUGUAUAUUUUUACAGCGCCUCGUUAUUAAUAUAUUCUACAUAAUACAUAACAGGUACGGACGUCGUCCGUAGUUUUGUCGACUUUUCACGCGAUUAGAAAU